UAUAAAUUCCAGCUCGUUCGCCAUAAUAUGUAUGGCACUUUCUUAUAUCACAGUAUACCUGUUCGAUAAGCCCUUGUGAAAAUAAACCGCUCAAAUGCUGGUGCCCCGUUUUCAGCUAUUACUUUCGCUGACUGGCAUUGGCAGUGGACUACACACUUCCAUUCCGGGAACAUGCAAAUCUUAUCCAGGAACACCUUCUUGGCCGUCUGCCGCCACUUGGGCAGCCCUCAAUCAAACACUUGAUGGACGACUCCUCCAGCCGCCUCCUCCCGGGGCCGUGUGCCACCCAGGUCAACCUACAUACAAUGCGAGUCAAUGCGCAAACGUCACCGAAGAAUGGAAGACGUAUGAUUUCCAUGCCGCAAAUCCAAUCUCUGUCAUGUGGGACAAAUUUGACAACUUUACUUGCCUGCCAGAGCAGAAUACAACAUGUUCUCCAGCUGGGUAUCCCGCCUACGUGGUGAAUGCAUCAUGUGCAGAACAUGUCAAGAUUGGCAUUGAUUUCGCCCGCAAGUACAAUAUUCGCCUCAACGUCAAGAAUACCGGCCAUGACUACCUUGGCCGCUCCAACUCUCCGGGCUCGCUCUCUAUAUGGACACACCAUCUUAACAAGAUCACGUACAAUGAAGGGCAGUUCAAGCUUCAAGGCUCUGGAAAGGUUAUUAGUGGCAACUCCUUCACUGUAGGGGGCGGUUCACAGAUGUACGACAUCUAUGCUGCUGCGGAUAAGCAUAACCAAACAAUCGUCGGCGGCGGGGCCAAGAGUGUGGGCGUUGGAGGCUACAUCACAGGCGGGGGGCAUUCGAUCCUUGCACCGAGACAUGGCCUAGCUGCGGAUAACGUGUGGGAGAUGGAAAUCGUCACGCCAGGCGGAGACAUCUUGACAGUCAAUGAGGACCGGCACCCAGACUUGUUUUGGGCAAUGCGAGGAGGAGGCGGCUCGACGUUUGGCAUUAUAACAUCCGCCACGCUCAAAUCGUAUCCGAGUCCAAAGGUCACGGGCGUGACUAUCAUGAUCAUCACAGAUCCUAAAGAGUCUUUUGUAUUUGAUCUCAUCACCUACAUUGUCUCCCAAAUGCCAAGUUUAAUGAAACAAGGGUUUUCCGGUUAUAACAUCAUUACCAAAGACAUGGAAAUCCCCAUUCAGGAGCCGGGCAUCCCAGAUCGCGUCGCUGGAUUCAUGGGAAAAUGUAUUCUACAGGACGUUGAUGACCCCGAAGCCGUCUCCAAGGCAUUUCAUCCCAUCAAUGAGACUAUUCAGAAACGCUGGCCCAACAGGGUCCAGUUUUACACCACUCUUGAGCAAUAUGAUUCAUUUCUAGCAUGGUUUGACAAGAAUUACGACACUAAUCAAGCAGGAGGAAGUUUGUACCUUGUUUCGCGACUUCUGGAUGGAGAGGUUUUGACAGGUAAUACUGAAGCGCUCAAGAAUGCCCUGCAGGUAGGAAUGUCUGGAAGCUCAAGAUCAAUGGAAGCUUUCAUGGUCGGCGGCAAAGGUGUUCAAGAAGCAACACCGAGAGGAGGUAGCAAUGCCGUCAACCCUGCAUGGAGAACUGCAUAUGUUCACGCUUUGAAUGGCGAACCCUUUGGACCAUUUAAUAAGAGUGAGGAGCAGAGAGCUAAAGAAAUUCUUGAGAGAGAAUUCCAGCCUCUGCGCGACCUGACGCCCAGAGGCGGCGCAUACAUAAAUGAGGCUUUCCCGUUCGAAAAAGAUUGGCAGCAAACGUUCUGGGGCAGCAAUUACGCGAAAUUGCUAAAAAUCAAGCGCAGAGUCGAUCCGACAGAUGUAUUCUGGUGCUCGCCGUGCGUGGGGAAUGAGAGAUGGCAAGUUCGUCAGGAUGGACGUCUCUGCAAAAUAUAACACUGUAUAUGGGUCUGGCGUUUAACAGAUUGUCUCUUACUACACUUGGUUAAGAAUCAGAAUACUGUGAUCACAUCACUGAUGAAGAGCCAUCAAGCUUGGAAUCGAUUGGAGCAAUAUUUCUCUUUUGUAUUUUCACAUAUAUACUUUUUUGUCUUUUAGCAGAUUCAUUUUGCCUGGUUAUACUAAUCCUGAUAAG